AUGAAUACCAUGUUGCUAGCAUUUUUCCUUCUCUUUGCAUUGAUAUCACAACAUCCACUGCUUGGAGCAGCAGAAGCUUCACCAGAGCAAGUUGUUGACAUCACAGGCAAAAAACUCAUUGCUGGUGCCUAUUACAAUGUUCUUCUAACCACACCCUACACCAAAUGCGCAAAUCCCCAAGGCCUUGGCCUCUCAAGCAUUGGUGAAACAUGCCCUCUUGAUGUCGUGGUUGUGAACCGCCAGCACAACUCGCCACUGAGGUUCACACCUCUAAACCCGAAAAAAGGUGUUGUCCGCGUCUCUACGGACCUCAAUGUCAUGUUUGCUCCAAAUGCUACCUGCCCCUAUCAUUCUCCUGUGUGGAAGCUUGAUUGUUAUGGUGUUGAGGGAGAGUGUGUUGUGAGCACUGAUGGAUUUGUGGGAAAACCUGGUGCAGAAAGUAUUGGUAACUGGUUCAAGAUUGAGAAAUAUGGUGCUGGUUAUAAACUAGUCUAUUGUCCUGGCGUUUGCAUAUCUUGCAAGCAUCAAUGCAAGGAUCUUGGGAUGGCUGUGGAUAAGAAUGGAAAUCGACGUCUAGCUCUAAGUUAUGUUCCUUUCCAAGUGAAAUUCGCGAAGGCCUAG